AUGAUUGUUCUAAUACUCAUUCUUGCGCUUGCCCUCAUAAUAGCCACCGUGCUCUUUGGCAACCUGCCGUCAUUCCGCCAUACAUGGAUCCAUCGGUUAUACGUACAGAUAAUGAACAUCAACGGUAUAGCCGUCAGGUUCAUGACGACAAACCAAUCCGUAUAUACGUUUUUGAAGUGGCUCGUGCCUGCAUUCUACGUGGCGAUUGUGGGCUUUUGUCUCCAUCAGUUCUUCGUGCAUGUGUAUCCUCAAUUGGUCAAGAAUGAAAUCGUAGGCACUCUACAUGGCAUAUGUAUUAUAGUGACAGUGGCAGCAGUGGUAGUAUCCACCGAAUUGGCUGUCUUCAGUGACCCGGGCCAGUUGAAUGCCCGGAAUCUAGACCAGAGUCUACGUAGGUAUCCCAAUGAUGGCCUCAUCUUCUUUGGAAGACACUGUUCCACCUGUCAGUUGGAGAAACCAGCGCGGCUGAAACAUUGCUCAACAUGCGAUCGAUGCAUUCUACGCUUUGAUCACCACUGUAUCUGGCUCAACAAUUGCGUGGGCCAGAAUAAUUACCGGUGGUUUCUUUUGUAUCUCGUGGCGAACGUUACUAUGAUGGGCUAUGGCGCCUAUCUCUGCUGGAGACUCUUGGGAAUGCAGAAGGCUCCGAGAGGGCUUUGGAAGUUGAUCGUUGCGCUGCAGUACUACAACAAGAUUGCUGGCAUUUUGAUGAUAUUGGGGGUGAUCUUCUCGUUGAUCACCGGCGCUUUUGCAGGUCUACAUCUCCGCUACAUUUACUUGGGGGUCACGACCAACGAGGCCGAUAAGUGGGGCGAAGUUGAGUAUUUGAUCGACUUGGGCCUUCUUUACUACGUGCAAGAUAUGGAUGUGUAUGUGGAAAAAGCGUCCGUCAGCACCAACGGCACGAUUCAGGAGGUUUACAUCAGUCUUGAUGAUGAACAUGUGGUAAUAGAUGCAGAUGAUCGCCAGCACAUUCUCAAGCAGAUCAAUCUGAUUGAGGUGUUGACGAAUAUUUAUGACAAGGGAUUUUGGGACAACCUCAGGGAGCGGAUAUUCGAUUAA